GCAAACGGUAACGGCCGCGCCUGCCCCAAGAUGGCGGCGGCCAGCGCGGCCUUACUUCCGGCGGCGGCGGGGGCCGCCAUGUCGGCGGCGGCCGGGCGGCGGAUGUUGAUGCCGUGAGGGAGCGAUGGCGGCGGCGGGGCCCGGCGGGACCGGCGAGCGGCAGCGGCGGGUGCAGGAGCUGAGCGCGGCGCUGCGGGCCCGCCUGGGGCCUUACGAGCCGCUGCUGAGCGCCGCGCAGGCCGCGCUGGUGUGGGAGCGGCCGGGCCGCAGCGCGCUGUGCUGGGCGGCGGUUCACGGCCUCUUCUGGUUUUUUGCUCUGACUUCUCUCCGUUUGCUGUUCCUGGUCGCGCUCACACUUAUCAUAGUAGUUUGCCUAGAUCAGUGGAAGAGAAGAAUCUGGCCUGAAAUUGGAGUGGCGAGACCUGACGAAUUAGACAAUGAGAGCUGGGGCUACGUUCACCCUCGGCUGCUGGGAGUGCCGGAACUCUGUCACCAUUUGGCCGAAGGAUGGGUGGCUGCGACCAGCUUCUUGAGUAAUCUCUUCGUUUUCAAGCGGCAAAACCCUGGGAAGUUUUGCCUUCUAGCAUGUGGAGUCUUCACGUUCCUGGCCGUGCUGGGCCGGUACAUCCCCGGACUCUUGCUCUCCUACUUGCUGUUGCUCUUCCUGCUGCUGUGGCCCCUCGCCGUGUACCACAGGCUGGGCCAGCGCGUGUACGGGAAGCUGGAGCCAGCUCUGCAGCGGCUGGAUUUCAGCGUUCGAGGCUACGUGAUCUCAAAGCAGCGAGAGAAGCAACCAGUGCGGCGCCGAGCGCUUCGUCAGGAGGAUGCGGAUGAUGCGAGUGACAGCGAGGAGGAGCUCGCCGCCUUCUGUCCCAAGCUGGAUGACUCUGUGGUUGCCAAGGAACUGACCAUUUCUGACUCGGAGCAUUCGGAUGCUGAGGUUUCCUACACUGAGAACGGGAUAUUUAACCUUUCGAGGGGCCAGACUCCCCUGACGGAGGGAUCAGAAGACCUGGAUGGUCACAGUGACCCAGAAGAAUCUUUCGCCAGGGAUCUCCCCGACUUCCCAUCCAUAAACCCAGAAGCGACCGGCAUAGAUGACGAAGACGACACCAGCAUCGGGAUCCCAAGCCUGGCUUACCGCCCGCAAGGAGCGGAAGAUCUGCACCUCCCUUACGACCAGGAAGAAGCCGGCGCGCUGCCACCCGUACACAAUCUUAGUACCGACAUCGCCGGGUUUGUCACCAGAGGGAUGAUACAGCUGGCGCUGUCGGGAGCCACUCAGCCGAGCUCCUCGCGCAGCGACAAUCCCCAGAGAGGCACAAAGACUUAUCUCCGAACCGCCAGCUCGGAUUUGGACACUGAUGCGGAAGGGGAUGACUUUGAACUUCUGGAUCAGUCUGAGCUGAACCAGCUGGAUCCCGCUGGCUCCCGGGGCCAGUAAACGAUCCCGCUGCUUCCCUCUGGUUUUCUACUGCGCAUCGAGGAGGGGGAUCCUGGAAGGAGAAGCCUUGCACAGUUCUCUAGAUCGUCUCCUGCGUGAGUAUGAGUGACGUGACAGCCGGUCGUGGCUGGGAACACCACUGUGACUUGUGACUCUGUAGCCUCGCUUGGAUUUUAAAUAAACUACACUGGUAAUUCAUAAAGACGUUGAUGUGAUAGCUCCACAAUCACCCUGCACUGUCUGCCAGGAUGCUGCUUGCUCCAAAAUUCCUCACCCAAGACAAUAAAUCUCCGGAGACCACCGCUCAGACUGACUUUGUGUCGCCGAGAACAAUCCUGAAGCCGACCUUUGGGUGCUGAUGCGUAACCAGGUGGACGGGAGUGAUUUUUUGGGUUAUUUUUUUCCGCUCGGACUUAGCGUCUGGGAUUUAAUUUAAGACAACCAUUCCCCGCUCCUCAGAUGUGCACAGAAUCCAAGUUGCUUCUUUCCCAGCAAUACCCAGCUCCGGGUAGAAGCAAACCCUUCGCUCUUUUCGUGGACAUAACGGUGCACGGCAACAUUUGUUACCUGCUCAUCUCCAUCUCCAGCUUUCUAGUGACGCUGUUUUGUACGAGAUGUAAUGGCAAUAAGACAUCGACUGUGACAACUGUAGAGUCCCGCAAACAACAUCUACGUGUGGCAGCUGCUUGUGUGUCGCUUUCCUAAAAUAACAGACUAACGAUUUGCUAACCCCCCGUGUUCCCCCAGCGCACGUUCGGUGUGGACAGGGGCCGUGCUGCACUUUUCCCCAAGGGACGGGUGUUCGGAAGAGGGAGGAGGCUCUGGCCCCGCUGCCUCCUGCCCAGAAGCCGAUGGGGACACCAGCCCAAGCCACCGGUGACCGAAGAGCUUGUGCCUGCCCCGGUCACGUUAAACAAACCAGCACCUGCGAGGGGACAGAGGCCGUGUCCCCGGGCUGUCCCCCGCGGCCCCUCCGAGCUUCCCGGCGCUUUUUCUAAGCCAUAGAACCCGUUUCUGGUCACAUUUGUGCAGCAAAGAACGUAUCUCUUCAGGGAAAAAACCCUUUAUCUGCUGCUUUGUCUCAA